AUGAAAAUAAGAAAAUUCAUAUCACCUGAUAUGAAUAUGGACCAUAGAUUGUGUCCGAAACGUUAUCCAGCAACAUCACCUGAUGAGAAAGCACUCGUUGAAGCAGCAUCUAGACUUGGUGUUGUAUUCGCUGGUAAACAGCCUGAUUUAAAUGAAGUUGGGUCGAGCAGAGCGUAUGUUGAUUAUUGGUCUUGUCCAUCAUCUGAUACACAGAAAGAGGAUGAUUCUCAAUACCUUGAACGAAAGUGUUUCAUUAUCGAUGCUGUGCUUGAAUUUGAUUCAAUAAGAAAACGAAUGAGCAUUCUGCUGCGAUAUCCUGAUGGAUCUUGUUACAUAUUAAGUAAAGGCGCAGAAAUUGCUAUGCUAGAUCCUGAGCGAUGUGCUGCUAAAUCUAGCCGUUUACGUUCAUGUGCAUUACGUUAUGUAAAUGAAUAUGCGAUAAAUGGACUACGUACACUUGUAUUUGUUAAACGAAAGGUAGAAGAAAACAUUUAUAAAAAAUUAUUGAAUGAUUUGAAAGCAGCAUCUGGUUUAAUUGGACAAUCUCGUGUUAAUGCAUUGAAAAAUUGUUAUGAUAAAAUUGAAUGUGAUUGGAAACCGAUAGGUGUUACUGGUAUUGAAGAUAAACUUCAACCUGGUGUUAAAAGUUGUAUCCAAGCACUGAAAGAAGCUGGAAUACAAAUUUGGAUACUGACUGGAGAUAAAGCUGAGACAGCUAUCACAGUUAGUCAGUCUGUUGGACAUUUCUCACCAAAUAUGACAUUAAUACGAAUAACAAAUUGCUCAGAUUUACAAUCAACAGCCUAUAAAGUAUAUGAACAGUUAGAACGUUUAAAAUCUCAUGUGAAAAACACAGAAAAAGGAUUAAGGAAUUCUAGGUUAUCAUUUAUUGGUGAUUUCAUUUUACCAAGAGUUCAUACUAUCAUUUCUGACACAAGAUCGCAAACACCAAUAUCAGAAUCAUCGUCAUAUAGGGAAGAAGAUAAAGAGCUCAAACAAGAUGUUUACUAUUAUUCUCGGAAUAAAGUAUCACCAGAAAGAAAGAGUCUAAUACCAAUCAGUAUAAAAGCCCCAUAUAUCAGAAGGAAGCACAGGAAAAGACCAGGUAUGGCACAUGAACCUAUCGGACUUGUUAUAGAUGGAAAAAGUCUUCACUAUGCAUUACAUCCAUCAGUACGUAAUGCAUUUCUUGAAUUAUGCAUGAGUGUAACAACUGUCCUAUGCUGUCGGAUGACACCUUUGCAAAAGGCGUCAGUUGUAAAACUGGUUCAGGUUGGUCUAGCCAAAUAUACACGUCAGGGUGUUAAACCAGUAACAGCAGCUAUUGGUGAUGGAGGAAAUGAUGUGGCUAUGAUUUUACAAGCUAAUAUUGGUGUUGGUGUCUAUGGAAAAGAAGGUAAUGAUGCAGCAAGAGCAUCUGACUAUUCAGUUACACAAUUCAGACACUUACAACGAUUAUUUUUGCUACAUGGUCAUUGGGCAUAUUAUCGGAUCACAAUAACAAUGUUAUUCUUCUAUCACAAAUGUGUAGCUUUUGUAACUAAUCAAAUAUGUUUAACAUAUUUCACUGGAUUCUCAGAAAUUCCAUCAUUUGGAACUAUAAUAUUUGUUUGUUAUAAUCUAACAAUGACAUUUUUAAUCAGUAUGGGUUAUGGGAUGUUUGAACGUCAUAUAAAGGAAAAAAUUCUAUUGAGUAAACCACAUUUGUACAGAGCUAUAUCACAUCAAGGAAAUUUGAAAUCUUGGUACAUUUUCUUAUGGAUUAUAGAUGGUGUAUGGCAUGGUGUUGUCACCUUUUUUACAGCAUAUUUCUGUUUAGCUGGUGGUCAGUAUUAUGCUGAGGCUGUUUUCUAUGAAUCAAAUAAAAUCUCAGGUGGAAUUUAUGAUUUUACAAUGUUGGGUAAUGCUUCAUUUGUCUAUUUAUGGAUAGCAGUCACUUUACGCUCUACAAUAUGGACACGAGAUUUCAAUUUACUACUAGUUAUGUGUCAUGUUGGUACAACACUGAAUGUUUUUAUCUUAUUCAUGUUUCAAACAUUUGGAUCAUACAACAAUACUGAAUAUCAAAGAUUUUCUCAAUUAUGCCGAAGUCCAGCCUUUUGGUUCACCUUUCCAUUAGCUGUUUUCAUUGCAAAUACUCCAGCUAUAUUUUGGCGUUUAGCCUCUGAUACCUGGUGGACUAUUCAAAUUGGACUAAGAUAUGUUCCUAAACGAGAUAGGCAUAGGCUCUAUCUAAAGAAUCCAUUGAUUUGGAUGAAAGCAUUAGUUUAUGGUCAAACAGAUGAUAUUGAAACAAUUCUGUACAAAAAACAAAUCGAAACAUAUAUUUCACAUGAACAAGUGAAUAAUGCUUAUCAAUAUUGA